CGCGUGAUCGCAUGAUCAUGAGAAAAUAAUGGGAUUGAUAUCUCUUGCAUAAUUCAAACGCCAAUCAACGAGUUCGGCUCUCGCCUCGUCUAAUUUAACGGAAAGUGCAAUCAAAUUUUAAAAUUCCUCUGCUCCUUGAGGCAAGAUGCCUUUUAUUGGUGAACCCAUUGUGUUUCGACACGACUGAAAAUAUGUCUGCAUCUAAUCUAGUCAUAUUUGACAUGUCACGCAAUCAACAGCAAUGGCGUUGAAGAAACUAACCAUUGUCCUAGUUUUACUCUUUUGCCGAUUUACGCUUUUUUCCUUCAUCGCAGUUUUAUUUUGGAUUCUUCAAGGUAUGCCAAACCUCAACAUUUGUUUACUGAUGGUAAGUAUUACAAAUAAUGACCAAAUUGUUGUUGAUUCAAAGAUUGAUGAAGGAAAGUUAAUGUGUAGACAUGCUUACGUGAAUGUCAUCUUGUUUAAGCGAGCGAUGCAAAGGACUUUGGAUUUUUUUAGCUUUAUCUGAAUCUUCUAAUGAUUUUCAAUACCUCGUACUCUCAAUUUUUAUUUUUCACCACUCAUUAUUUUUUUUGUCGGCGACAAUGAGGAAAAACGUUUGUUGUUGAUGUUUAAAAGGAUUCGAAUUGGUUGCACAUACAUAUACUUUUUGCUUUCCUCCCUCCCCCCCCCAAAAAAAAAAAAGAAAAAGAAAAAAUUUGCAUGAGCUUUGUUAAUUUGUUUCUCUUGGGGCCCAUAAUCCUCUGAAGCAAAUCGUGAAUAGAGAAGGCAAAAUGAUAUAGGUAAAAUGUUAUGGGCACUCGGAAGGAAAAUACCGAAUUUAUUUUAUGGGAAAUUUUCGAAUUGCCGAAAUUGGAAUAUCUCUUUACAUUUUCUUAUGCACCAGCUAUAAAUAUCAGUAGAAUUUUAGUUAAAUCAAACUUAAAAAACCAUGUCUGAUUUAGCUAUAGACGUAAAAGGUGGGUAUAUAACUUAUAGUCAUACAAUACAUAGAAAUCAUCUCUGACUCAAUUCAGUGACGUGAUCGUCACGGCAGUGUUUCUUUCCCUACCAGUCUUGUCACGCAAUGCGUUACUUUCUUGCGAAGAGGACUACAUCAUAGUAAAUUGCGAGGAGUUAUUUAAGUCAUGGUCAUUACUUCUUUCGUCAGAUAUUCCUGUCUUACAUCAUUCCUCUACCGUCAGUUUCUCCUUUCAUCCAUACGAUUGAUCGCGCUUUCUCGCACGUCUCCUUUGUUGUAAGGUUGGUACCAAACAAUCAUUUAUACUUAGACUAACAAUUACUAUUCUAAGGUCUUAGAAAUAUAUUCCGAGCCGGUUUGUUCAAAGCUGGGUUAAACCCUAAGCAACGGUUAGUGUGAAAUCUGAUUUCAGAUCUAUAUUUUAUAAAUAGUAAUAAAAUGGUCGUCACGCAACGCUGAAAGAAGCAACACUAAAGAUGGCACGAUGCUUGCUUCACAAACAGGCGGUCACGUUAAGCGUGUAGACCAAGCGAAAUGCUUCAUGGAUAACAAUACCAAAUACUGAAUUCUUCUCCAGAAAUUUUUUAUCGCAGAUGUUGUUUUUCAUAUUUGACAGAGCUUACUCUCUGGUGGUUGUGGCAGUUCAAGUGAUUUUCAUCGGACUGCCUUGCUAUCUUCUGUUCUCUCUAUUUUAUGAACCCUUGGAGAUCUCAUUGCGUUACGUCGUCAACCAUUUAAGGUAAGAAUUCGGAUCUUAAUUGCGCAGCUUACAUUCCAUUUUUGCGAUUUUGAAAAAGAAUUCUUGAACAAAAGAAACAAAACAAAGUAAAUAUUUGUUCUUUUUAUGCUCAGAUUCACCAUUCCUCAUCUGGUAUUGAGAACGAGUACGAUGAUGUUUGAACGCACCUUACCGUGUCUUAGCACGUUAUACGGUCUGUUAAGGUUGGGUGCACUCGGAGUAAGCUCCGUACUUUAUCUUUAAAAUGGAAUUUAAUUACCUCUCGGCAUUUCGCUAAACGCGUCGAUCGAUAAAUUAAUGAUGAGGGACAGAUCCGAAAAAGAAAUAAAAGGGGUUUGAAACUCACGCUAGCAUGGUUGCUGCUCACAAAAUGCUUGGAUUGAUGCGUUGAUCAAUUCGAAGCCUCAAUAUUCCCCUGGGCACCCUUUAGCAUUUGAAGUUUUGAAGGUUGGUUCGUUCAAUUACCGCCCCUUCCCCCACCCCCAAGCCAAAACUGUGUUUUAAUGCCCUUUCAAGUGCUGGAUUUGAUUGUCAAGUUUUUUGUCAUAAAAGAAAGGAUCAUCAACCGUGAAUUCUUGAAGGCCUCUCUUUCUAAGCCUUUUGCUCACAAAUGUGAACUCUUUACCUUUGAACACCUCUUUAUUAAAAGAUAAAAACACAUGUAUUCCGCUAGAAUGACUUUACAAUUCUGGUCAAAAUUCUUCAUCCCACCCAGGCAAGGUUUAAAUUCCCCACUUCCCAGGUGCGGACGACAGUCAAAUGCCCGUGGGUCGCCCGGGAGGUGGAAGUUAAGGCCUCGCAACUGAUCGGCGAAUAAAAUGGUGGAGCGCGGUAUCAACACCUCCCUAUAUCCGCCCCUGUUUGUGAUGGUCUUGGAUCGGUCAGGGGGAGUUGGAGAAGGGGGUGUGGGGGGAGCUGUUAGUUUAGGUCUUACCAAGGUGAACCACGAAAAUUAUGUAGGGAAAUUUGAUGGAUUAUACAUUUUGUCAGAGUUUGUUAACUGAAAUUUACAAAGUUAAGUUGAGAGUUACAAAAUAGGAAGAGGUGUCAAGGGUUUCUCAAAUUUUUUUUUCUGUUUUAACUUUCAGGUCUAGUUUUUUUUCCUUUUCAAGCCUGUUGAUGAAAUGCUCGAUGUGGAUGGCUGCAGCUCUAUUCUCAAUAACCUCUCGUUUGGUUUGCAAAGUGAUUCAUGUGUAAGCUUUUAACGUUAUCGAGUAAAGCAUUGUUUUAUGCAGAGGACCGAGGAUGCUGGAUCUUCAGUACACAUGCCACUCAUCAAUUGGGUUGCACUUGAUUAGAUUACAUUACAUAAGAUUAGAUUAGGCCAUCUUUGCUCCUGCUGGGAACAUAAUGCGUCGACCAUGAAUCUCCAUCGGAUCCUGUUUUGGGCUGUUCUUUUUGCCUCUUUCCAGAUUAUGUUAUUCUUGUCGAGCUCACUUUGGAAAGUACGCCUUCAAGACUGCUUUCGAUGGCCUCUUCUUUAAGAACCGUGAGGUUUCCAUUCGAGGGUACUCCGGGUGGUAUUAUCCCCAGGUACUAGCUUUCCUUAAUGAGCUACGAAGUGCUGACUAGAUCGAUACAAAAGCAAAGUUAAUCAUAUGUGCAUUUUUUUCUUACUCUCCUUUUUCUAGAAAGGUUGUUAGUUCAUUGCUUGUGACCAUUGGAAUACUGAUUUGUCUUCCUGGAUUAGAACUAAUUCCCAAUCUACUUGCAACCGGACAUUUAUAUCCUGGGUCUCUAAUAAGGUAAACAAUUGAGUACAGUUUAUCAUAAGGCAAAUUGUAUGGAAGCAUCUCUGAUGAAAAACGUGUACAUUGAGUGUCGCAAAUGAAACCCAAAAGCCAAUCAGAGCGAAGGUAAAUAUCAGUGGGGAGCCAUAAGGAACGAGCAAGAGAACACGCGACUAAGUCGUGAUACGUUCUGGUGCUGUAUCUGAUUGGUUGAGAGGCUGGCGCAGUCCUGGAGCACUUCGAAGGCAAACUGAAAUUUGCUCCAAAACACACUUGGAAAAUUAAGGUGGUUCUACACUGCCAUACAAAUUCCUCUCCUUACCUAUGGAACGUCCGAAUUACGCAUGCCUCAACACUGAAAAACGAGUUAACUUCUUUUUCACAGGUUCCAACGUUGUGCAAAAUACGAUGACAGCACCGUUUGCCAUUCUGCUUUCUUAGAGUUUUCAUACAGCAUGUGCAACUUAAUACGUAAUGGGAUCUUUAUAACUAUGUGUUGGACUGUUAACUGUAGUUCUUGGAAAAAACCAUCAAGAGAAUUGACAAUCAUCGUAGAGAGCUGCCCGACACUGAGAAACAAGUCUUAUUUCCAACUCUUACUUUGCGCAGCUGGGCUGCCCCUAUUAAUGAACGGACACUGCUUUGCUCAAACAAUUCACAAUACAGCAUCAAUUGGAAAUCUUUUGUUGUUUCUGGUCGCACUGAACGCUUAUCACACCCGUACUGCUUCAAUGAUGUAUCACGCGUUAUGUGGUGUGGUUAUGAACGUCCAGAGUACGCUGGUGGCUGUGUACAACAUAUCUAGGAACUUACAAACUCAACCCAAUGACUCCAUUGCGACGUUGCUGUACAUUUUGGAAUUGUACUUGAUGCUGCUCGUCCUCUUAGACAGCAGUACUCGGGUGAUAAAAAAAGUUAUAAACCCAAAACUGGAUAUUAUGUCACUGGAAAGUUAAUGAAACUUGUGAAAUGACAUUCUCGCACAAACUUUUUUCGAUAGUCUACCCUACAUGAAAUCUCCUUCGCACCUGUCGUUACAUUUGUCACGCAACUCUUUGUUGGGCUACAGUGCUACGAGAACGAGACACAAUACUGACAAAAGCUGAAAAGACUUAUCCAUGACAAUCAACUGAAAGCGGUUUUCAAGAAAAUAAAUAAAUUGAAUUUUAUUUUUUUCCUUAGAGGGUUUGAGUUGAAUAACAGGACUGCUCUACAUACAUUCAGAUUU